AUGUUUAGACAAUCAAUCUCUAAGCAAUUAAACAAUUCAAUCAAGUCAAAUACAUUCAUAAGAACAAUGGCUUCAUAUAAUCCAAAAUCUUUACUUUUAAAUCAUACUUGUCUACGUGUCAAAGAUCCAAAAAUUUCAGUUGAUUAUUAUACCAAAAAUUAUGGAUUAAAAUUAAUUAGACAUGAAAAAAUGCCAGAAAUGAAAUUUGAUUUAUAUUUCUUAGCUCAAGAUGAUUCUAAAGGUUCACAAUUUGCUAAAGAAGGUGUCUUGGAAUUAACUCAUAAUUAUGGUACAGAAAAUGAUCCAAAUUAUAAAAUUAACAAUGGUAAUGAAGAACCAUAUAGAGGAUUUGGUCAUAUUUGUUUUUCAGUUGAUAAUAUUGAAGCUGCAAGUGAAAAAUUAUUAAAUAAUGGUGUUGCUUUCAAGAAGAAAUUAACUGAUGGUAGACAAAAAAACAUUGCAUUUGCAUUAGAUCCUGAUGGAUAUUGGGUUGAAUUAAUUGAGCACGGAUCAGAUAAAGUUCAAGGUGUUUCUAAUACAAAUAGUUAUAAAUUUAAUCAUACAAUGAUUAGAGUUAAAGAUCCUGUUAAAUCAUUGAAAUUUUAUCGUGAAGUUUUAGGUAUGAAAUUAUUAUCAACAAGUGAACAUGAAUCAGCUAAAUUUACAUUAUAUUUCUUAGGUUAUGAACAUGAUGAUUCAUUUAAAGAAAAUUCAUUAUCAAGAGAAGAACAAUCUAAAAGAGAAAGUGUCUUGGAAUUAACUCAUAAUUGGGGGACAGAAAAUGAUUCUGAUUUUAAAUAUCAUAAUGGUAACGAACAACCACAAGGUUAUGGACAUAUUGGUAUUGCUUUAGAUAAUCCAGGUGAAUUUUGUAAUGGAAUUGAUUCAAAAUUUGGUGAUGAAUUAACUUGGGGUUUGAAAUUUAAUCAAGGUAAAAUGAAAAAUAUUGCAUUCAUUAAAGAUCCUGAUAAUUAUGCAAUUGAAAUUUUACCAAAAAAUUAUACAGUUUAA